AUUUCCCACGCUCUUAUUCAAUCAUCGACAUCAACUAGUACCACUGCAAGUUUGAAUUCGUGGACGUCAUGCCUCUGCGAGGAACUGGACAUGGAAAACUUGUUGGCGACGUGGCACCUUAUUUCGAGUCUCUGGCCGAGCUUGAUCAGUGGGCUAGUCUCCCUCACGAAAAGUUGAUGGCUGUCUUGGAGUACCAGGCCCGUCCUCAGCUUGCAGAAUCACUGAACCAGAAAGGGAAGCUUUUGGUGUGCCACGAUUAUAAAGGAGGAUACACAGAAUCUCCUUCUGGCCUAUGCUAUACAUUCAAUUUUUGGCCUCUUUGUGACACAUUCGUGUACUUUUCGCAUCACAGAGUUACUGUUCCUCCAUCAGGAUGGACCAGUGCUGCACAUCGACAAGGGGUCAAGAUGCUCGGAACAAUGUGGGCUCCACAAAGCAUUAUUAGACAACCCUCACUCCACUCACCCCGUUCCAGAAUAUUUGAGGGAUCUGGAGAAGCUGACUGCCUCCAGUUGAUAGUUGGAUCUCCUCAGGCGGGCGCAGGCCCAAUUUUACGUACAGAUUCGGUCCCCAUAUCAAGACACUAUGCCUCAGUUUUGGCAGAGCUUGCUCGUCAGCGCGGGUUUGAUGGGUAUCUCCUGAAUUUUGAAUGUCCGCUUCGAGGGGGCCCGGAACAAGCGCGUGCGCUUGCCGGGUGGAUUUUACUUUUGAGAUCCGAGCUCGUAACCAAAGUUGGUCCCCAUGCUCAAGCUAUUUGGUACGAUAGUGUGGUACUCAAUGGCCAACUAAGAUGGCAGGACCGACUGAACAGUCUGAAUCUCCCAUUUUUCCUCUCAUCUGAUGCAUUCUUCACGAACUAUACGUGGCCGCCAUCUUUUCCAGCUCUUACUGCCCAGUAUUUUAUGAGUUUGGAUCCAGUACUCAUCGGCGAUGAUGUGAAGGGGUCUUCUAUCUCCUCCGUCAAGUCUCUUCAAAGCAUCUUUACAGGUGUUGAUGUCUGGGGCCGAGGAUCUCACGGUGGAGGAGGAUUCGGUUCCUACAAAGCCAUGACACAUAUCGACCCCCAAUCACUCGGCCUGAGUGUCGCCCUUUUCGGGCAAGCGUGGACAUGGGAGAGCGAACAAGACAAGCCAGGAUGGAACUGGGAUCAAUGGUGGGAAUAUGAGCGCAAAUUAUGGAUUGGUCCUGUAGACCCUCAAGAGGUGGUCCCUGUGCCUGAUGCUCCCAGACGUCCUGGAGAGCCUGGAUGUCCUCACGAUGCAUUCGAGCCAGUAUCGUCAUUCUUUGUACAUGCCGCCCCUCCUGAUCCCACUCAGUUCGUCUUUUACACGUCAUUCUCUCCAGGAGUCGGGCGUUCGUGGUUUGUCGAAGGCACCAAUGUUCUUCAGACAAAGGAUGGUUGGACUGAUAUCGACAAGCAAUGUUCCCUUGGGAAUUUAGUGUGGCCACGACCAUCUGUGAUAUGGGAAAGCAAUGAUCGUCCAGAACCACUCCCUUUAGCGUCAUCCAUGUUGGACAUGAACGACGCAUGGAAUGGAGGGAAUACCCUUAAAAUUUCCGUUGCCUGUGCUGGCAGUUCGGCAGAUGAUGCAUUGUUCCGGUGUAUCUGGCUCCCUGUGCAGUCGUUGAAUGUGACUUCCCAAGUGUCAUAUGACGUUCACAUCGUUUACAAAACUGUCGCUUGUGAGGCGACCGACCUUGACCUUGGACUUUUUGUGAAGCCGUUGAUGGCGGCUGGCGAAGACCCCCCAGAGAUCAAUGUCGGGGCAUCUACUCAAUCUUAUCUCAAGAACGGUUGGACCAGACAAGUCCUUAGCUUCUCGCUGCCUCCCGGCACAACCAAUACGUUGAUUGCCGUUGGCUUGAUCAUCGGUUUUAUUGCCGAAGAUCCAUCUCAGCCACUUGAUUUUUCAGUCUCAUUGGGUCAACUUGCUGUAUAUCCAUCAUCUGCCGCCGCCAGCGUCUCGAAGGGAACCUCCGGGAUUAUGUGGGCUAAAUUCCAAAGCACCAACCCCAUCACCUCCCCUUCAAGUGAUCUCAGCGGGCUUCUCACCUGGGACAUCGCAUCCUCUUUUCCACGUCUCACCUUACGGGCAAUAUCCUCACCAGAAGAUCCAGAUCCUGCAUGGAUUUUAGACGAUACCAAAGAACGAUUCCCAUCAUUUCUCUACUUCAAUGUUUACGUCAACCCGCACCCCCUCUCAGGAAGUGUCGCCAGUGCCACAGCCGCGAUAUUCAUUGGAACAACAGGCCUAGAUGGGCGUGCCAAUAGAUUUUAUGUGGAUUCAACGAUUCUGCCGAAGAACGUGAUGGACGGGAGAGGGUUACGUUUCUAUGUGCAAGGCGUUUCUGACAAAGGUGAUGUCCUACCAUGGGAGAUGUGUGCGCACGUGGAUUGCAUGUUCGAGCUCAGAGGCUGUUGAUGACUGGGACCAUGCCAGACGCUGAGUACGUAAACACUGCUGUGAGAGUAACUUUUUUGUAUCUAUACGUCGCUUGUUAUCAAAACAAGACGUUUUCAAACGAGGUAGUUUGGUGUGCAGCACGUCACACUAGUAGCUAGUAGAACUUGUAUUG